AUGCAGUUUGCAAUCUGGCUGGUUGGACUAACGUGUCAUUUGUCAGCACUUGUCCGAGAGACUCUGACCUUCCGAUUGCAUCCAAAACAAGAAAAGUUCAUCAAGCAGCUGUCAUCCUAUGAGAUCAUCACUCCGUUAAGAGUGAAUGACUUCGGAGAAUCCUUCCCUCACCGGCUGCACUACCGGAGGAGGAGAAGCGCGGAGGAUGAGCUGUCGGGCGCGCGCGUGCUCUACAGGAUCGACGCGUUCGGGCAGCGCUUCCAGCUCAACCUGAGCGCGGACUCCAGCUUCAUCGCCCCCUCGUACGCGGUGACACACCUGGGGGCAGACUUCCAGGACCCGAGCAGGAGCGACAUGCGCCACUGCUUCUUCCGCGGGCACGUGGACGCAAAGCGCGAGCACGCGGCGGUGUUCAGCCUGUGCACCGGCCUGAUUGGAACUUUUACGACACAACACGGUGAAUAUUACUUGGAGCCUCUUUUAAAUGCUGUGGGGGAGGAAUAUGACGAAGAACACAACAAACCCCAUCUUGUUUAUCGAAACGAGAGGAAAAGGAACAUGUCAGAUCCUGGUGAACCCUGCGCUGCCUCAGAGAACUCUGGGAGGUCGGUUGCUUUCGAGAGCAGAGGGAACAUGGGAGAGGAGCUGGACGCUCUCAGAGCCACAGUAGAUGAACAACACGAGGAGAACAGCUUCACCAGCACCAACACCACCUCCCAUCAGAGACGCAAGCGCUUCCUCUCCUACCCUCGCUACGUAGAGCUAAUGGUGACGGCGGAUGCCAAAAUGGUGCAACACCAUGGACGCAACCUGGAGCAUUACAUCUUAACAAUCAUGUCAGUAGUAGCAGCAGUGUAUAAGGACCCCAGCGUAGGAAAUCUUAUUAACAUCAUGGUUGUCAAGCUAGUCAUCAUCCACAAUGAACAGGAAGGACCCACUGUGAGCUUCAACGCUGCCACCACUCUGUACAACUUCUGCGUCUGGCAGCAGAGCCAAAAUGUUGAGGAUGACAGCCAUCCGUCCCACCAUGACACCGCACUCCUCAUCACCAGGGAAGACAUUUGCGGUGCAAAAGACAAAUGUGACACUUUAGGGCUUGCCGAGCUUGGGACCAUGUGUGACCCGUUCCGCAGCUGCUCCAUCAGUGAAGAAAAUGGAAUUAGUGCCUCCUUCACCAUCGCUCAUGAGCUGGGCCAUGUGUUUAACAUGCCUCAUGAUGACAACCCCAAGUGCCGCGAGGCGGGCAUGAAGCACCAGUACCAUGUCAUGGCCCCCACGCUCAACUAUGACACCAAUCCAUGGUCAUGGUCCAAAUGCAGUCGCAAGUACAUCACAGAGUUUCUUGACACUGGAUAUGGGGAGUGUCUCCUUGAUGAGCCUGUAGGCAGAACAUACCAGCUUCCCACACUCCUUCCUGGCCAUAUUUACAACGCAAACAGGCAGUGUGAGCUGAUGUUUGGUCCUGGCUCGCAAAUUUGUCCCUACAUGAAACAGUGCAAAAGGUUGUGGUGUACGAGUGCUGAGGGGGACCACAAAGGCUGCCGUACCCAGCACAUGCCACUGGCCGACGGGACAGACUGUGGCCAUGGAAUGUAUUGCAAACACGGGAUGUGUGUAAAUAAGGAGUUAGACACACAGCCAGUCAAUGGACAUUGGGGACCAUGGGGACCCUACAGUAUUUGCUCCAGGUCCUGUGGUGGAGGAACAAGGAGCACCAGCAGAGACUGCAACAAGCCUGAGCCCAGAAAUGGUGGUAAGUUCUGCGUGGGUCGUCGGAUGAAGUUCCGCUCUUGCAACACUGAGCCAUGCCCACGAGAAAGGAAGGAUUUCCGUGAAGAGCAGUGCUCUCAGUUUGAUGGCAAACACUUCAAUAUUAAUGGUCUACCUCCAACCGUCCGCUGGGUCCCCAAGUACAGCGGCAUUCUAAUGAAGGAUCGCUGUAAGCUCUUUUGCCGGGUUGCUGGCACCAUGGCUUACUAUCAGUUGAAGGACCGAGUCAUCGACGGCACUCCCUGUGGUCCAGAUACUUAUGACAUUUGCGUUCAAGGCCUCUGCAGGCAAGCAGGUUGCGAUCACGUGCUUAACUCCAAGGCAAGGAAUGACAAGUGUGGAGUCUGUGGUGGGGACAACUCCUCAUGUAAAACUCUGGCAGGGACCUUCAAUGAUGCUCAGUAUGGUUACAAUGUAGUUGUGCGAAUCCCAGCUGGAGCCACCAACAUUGAUAUCAAACAGGUCAGCUACUCUGGAAAACCAGAAGAUGACAACUACCUUGCAUUGUCUGACAGCCAGUCUAACUUCCUUCUGAAUGGGAACUUUGUUGUGGCCAUGUUCAAAAGAGAAAUCACUUUCAACGGAACCAUCAUUGAGUACAGUGGCUCAGACACAAAAGUAGAGCGCAUUAACUGCACCGAGCGCAUUGAAGAAGAGCUCAUUCUACAGGUUCUGUGUGUGGGAAACCUUUAUAACCCAGAUGUGCGUUACUCCUUUAACAUACCCAUUGAGGAGCACAGGGAGAAGUUUGUGUGGGACCCCUCGGGCUCCUGGCUUGAGUGCAAUCGUAUCUGCCAAGGGGAGCGAAGACGCAAGGCAGUAUGUGUUCGUGAAAGCGAUCACCUAGAAGUGUCGGACCAACGUUGUGAACAUUUACCUCGUCCUGCUGCUGUUACUGAGCCCUGCAACACCGACUGUGAAGUCAGGUGGCAUGUUGCUGGAAGGAGUGAGUGUUCAGCUAAGUGUGGUCCCGGCUACCACAGCCUGGAUGUUCAGUGUAUGAAGUACAACCUGAUGAAGAGACAGAGUGAGCGGGUGGAGACUAGCGCCUGCUCAGGCAUCGCCAAACCUCAAACUAGAGAGCCAUGCCAUGGAGACUGUCUGCUCAAGAGCUGGCAGUACAGUGCCUGGUCACAGUGCUCUAAGACGUGUGGCCGUGGGAGUCGGAGCAGAGAGUCCUACUGUAUGAACAAUCUGGGCCGGCGCCUGGUGGACAGAGACUGCAGUGAAUACCAGAGGGUGGUCACUGAGACCUGCAACGAGCAGCCCUGUCCCAACUGGAGUGUUAGUGAGUGGAGCGAGUGCUCGGUGUCCUGUGGCAAAGGGAAGCGGGCACGUUAUGUCAGCUGCAGAGAUGCUCAGGGAGGCGUGGCUGACGAGUCAUACUGCACCCAUCUGCCCCGCCCUCCAGAGUUCUCCACCUGCUUCAGCCCCUGUGGCCAGUGGCAUCCCAGAGAGUGGUCUACUUGUUCAGUAACGUGUGGUGUUGGAAAAGCUACCAGACAGGUGACCUGUUCUAACUAUCACCAUCCAGUGGACCCAUCUUUCUGUGACCCAGAUGAGAGGCCUGCAACAGAACAGGAGUGCACUGCUGCACCCUGUCCUUCUGUUUAUAAUCGGCAGCACAUUUAUGAGCAGCCGUACGGCUAUCCUCUGGAUCCCGGACGUCACCCCGGACACAGCAGCUGGAAUGUCCCCUCAGCAGACAACCAAUGGAGGACCGGACCAUGGGGCUCGUGUUCCAGUACCUGUGCCGGAGGUUUUCAAAGACGAGUGGUGGUCUGUCAGGAUGCCGAUGGGCGCAGCAACAGUUACUGUGACGAGAGGGUCAAACCUGCUGAAUCCAAAAACUGUGACUCUGGUCCCUGUCCUCUGUGGAACUACGGUGUCUGGGGAGAGUGCACCCAGACGUGUGGUGGAGGGAGGAAAACACGCCUGGUGGUCUGUCAAAGGCCCACCGGACAAAGGCUCAAUGACUACAACUGUGACAUCCUGGACAAACCGCUGGACAUGGAGCAGUGCAAUCUGCAGCCCUGUCCCGGUUCUGCAUCCUGGCACCGCCAACCAUGGAAGCCGUGUUCAGUGAGCUGUGGUCGGGGCAUCAAGCAGCGGGACGUCACUUGUGCUUUACAGAAUCAAACCAAACUAGAAGAGACUCACUGUGGUCAUUUGCCUCGACCACGAGCGCAGAAGCCUUGUCGGGUUCGAGGAUGCCCCGUGUGGAAAGCCAACAGGUGGCAGGAGUGUUCUGCCAGCUGUGGGUCUGGAGUUCAGAAGCGAGAGGUUUACUGCAGGUUCAAAGGCACUGGACGAGUCGGAGAGGAUCUGUGUGUUCCUCACACACGUCCUCCUGCUGUCCAACCAUGUCACACUGCAGAAUGCACACACUACACCUGGGUUGCUGCUGAAUGGGGAAAAUGUAAUGCAACGUGUGGAGAAGGCCUGAGAAGCAGAAAAGUGGGCUGUAUGGGUCCAGGGAUGAUACCGGCCCAAGAUGACUACUGUGGACCAUCAUCCAGACCGCCACCGCUCCAACACUGUGAAGAAACUCCCUGCCGCUACAUGUGGCUAACAGGAGAAUGGUCCCAGUGCUCUGCCAGCUGUGGUGUUGGCUAUCAGCAGCGUAUCGUUUCCUGCUCUGUGAUGCCCUCCUCUUACUCUGCUCAGCGUUUCUUUACUCAGUCGUCCUUUGUGAGCACAAAGUGCCCUGAGCCAUCCCCCCCUGCCACCCAGCCAUGCCUCCUCAGAGAGUGCACACACACCACCUACUGGAGGGCUGAACCGUGGACUAAGUGUUCUCAGACCUGUGGUGCAGGAGUGAUGUUUCGCAAAGUGGAGUGUGUGACCUCCAAAGGCCAGCCAUCAAAACACUGUCGUCUGGCAGAAAGACCCGAGUCUCAAGCUGCGUGUCAAGAAAGACAAUGCCAGUUGUUCACAUCUUGCCGAGAGGUCCAGAUGAGGCAGGGUGUGAGGAUGGACGGGGAGUACUAUCUGAAAGUCAAAUCUCGGAUCCUACAGAUUUACUGCGCUGAGAUGCAGACUGAUUCUCCUAAGGAGUAUGUGACUCUGCGCAGCACUCAGACAGACAACUACUCAGAGGUGUAUGGACAGAGGUUGCUAAACCCCUUCGAGUGCCCAUAUAAUGGCAGCCGCAGACAGGACUGUGACUGCAGGAACGACUAUCCAGCAGCAGGAUACACGCUCUUCCAAAAAGUUCGCCUUGACAUAAACUCGCUGAGGAUAAUGAUCACAGACCUCCAGUAUUCACUGACUCUCCUCGGCCGCCCUGUGCCCUUUGCUACAGCAGGAGACUGUUACAGUGCAGCCAAGUGUCCUCAGGGUCAGUUCAGUAUUAAUCUGACUGGCACUGGUCUCAAAGUGGCUCAGGCCACCAAAUGGACAUCUCAAGGCAACUAUGUUUCUCUUAAAGUCCACAGAUCUGAGGAUGGAACAAGAAUCUACGGUCGCUGUGGUGGUUUCUGUGGCAAGUGCAUUCCUCAAGCCCACCACGGCCUACUCCUUACAGUUCAGUGAGAGUCAAG